CGGGCGGGCGGCGGCGCCGCGGUGCUCCCGGCCGGGCGUGGCGGCCCUCGCCAGAGCUGCCGAGCUCCGUGGGUAAAGGCGUGGCUGAGGCGAACGGCAGCGGGGCCUGGCCCCGGCUUGCGGUCGAGCGGUAGAGGCAGCCGCGUGGGCCUGAACGCUCGCCGCGUGCCCGUGAGAAUGUGACGGCGCUGGCGUCGCGCUGGCGGCGGAGGGAUAAGGUCACUGCAGAACUGGGAGAAGCAGCUGCUUAGUGCCAGGCAGCAGGCGGCGGGAAGGAUGCGGCAUCUUUGCCGUCCUGGCACAGUGAUGCGUGUGUGCUGGCUUGUGGGGGAAGAGAGAUGCGGUCAACGAGUGGAGCUGCCCCACUUGGAAGUGGUGGUAAUUGGACGUGGCCCAGAGACUGGAAUAACGGAUAAGAAGUGUUCACGGCAGCAAAUUCAGUUAAAAGCAGACUGUAACAAAGGGUAUGUCACAGUUAAGCAGAUAGGAGUCAACCCGACUAGUGUUGAUCUUGUGAAUAUUGGCAAGGGUAAAGUGGUGAAAAUGAAACCAGGCCAAGUUCUGCAUAUUGUGAAUAACCUUUACCCCUACACGGUGCAAUUUGCGGAAGAGUCGCGGAGAAAUGUUACAGUAACAGCAGGGAAAAGGCAAACUGAUAGGCCAGCAGGUGAGGACUCGUGCGAGAACGAUGAUGUAGAGCUCGUGCCCAGAAAAACAAUGAAAAUGGAGGUGGUGGAUACUCAAGGCAGUUCUGCGAGUCCCAGGCCGGGCAGUACCCACGUAUCUGCACACAAAGGAACUUCGAGCAAGAAGGAACACGUAGGACACUGGAGUCAGGGUCUAAAGAGUUCCAUGCAAGAUCCAAAAAUGCAGGUUUACAAAGAUGAAAAGACGGUAGUCAUCAAGGAUAAAUAUCCCAAAGCACGUUACCACUGGCUUAUCUUGCCAUGGGACCCCAUUUCAAGCCUGAAAUCAGUCACCAGGGACCAUCUUGAACUCCUAGAACAUAUGCACACAGUUGGGCAAAAGGUGAUCGAGCAGUGCCCUGCCAGAGAGAGUCUGGACUUCAGGCUGGGUUACCAUGCCAUCCCCAGCAUGAGUCAGCUACAUUUGCAUGUAAUCAGCCAGGAUUUUGAUUCUCCGGCCCUGAAAACCAAAAAGCACUGGAACUCUUUUACUACAGACUACUUCUUAAACUCACAAGAUGUGAUAGAGAUGGUAAGGAGCACAGGAAAAGUGAUGGUGAAAGAUCAUGUCUCUGAACUUCUCAAGCUGCCUCUCAGGUGCAAUUGUUGCAAACAACAGCUGUCCACUAUCCCACAGUUAAAGGAACAUCUCAGGAAACACUGGCCGAAAUGAUUUUGCAAAAAAUAAUUUCAGAAACUUGUCUUCAAAUAAAGCCUGUCUCCAGGGUAAAACAAGGACCUAGAAACAUUGGAGGAUAUGCAUGUCUUUUGUUAUCAGGAAUGAUAAAUGUAAUGUGGGAAAAUGUAGCCUGGGAACAGCGGUAUAUACUAACUUUGUAAUAUCUUGGACAAAAAAAAACCAACGUGAAAUAAAGUGAGUUUUGAAAUGGAAAGUG